UUGAUGUAUGGCAUGACAACAUCAGAAGGGGCAGUGUUCAUGUUCAAGGAUGACCGAUGGUGGCCAAUCUGUGCCGAGGAUUGGACGAUCAAUGAAGCCGAGGUUGCUUGCAGACAAAUGGGCUAUCCAGAGCCUUAUGCAGAAUCAAGUCUACUUCCAGAUUAUAUCGAGCUGAAUGUGAGCAGAGGGUUGAAUUGGAUAGAUGGGAUUAUAUGUGGUGGCUACGAGUCACAGUUGAAAUGGUGUAGGGGAGGGGGAUGGGGUUACUGCACCAGCGGGCGAGCUGCAGGUGUAACGUGUCACACAGAGAGCGAUUUGUUUGAAUCGGAUUAUAUUUGGCCGACUGCGAUGCUGAUCUUCGCCUGUUUCAUGGGUUAUGUUUGUAAGAAGGUCAGGGAUCAACAUCGCAUGAGAUCCGCUACGCAGACAAACACCACCAGUAUUGAAGAAUCUAGUGAUCACGGUGAUGACGUGGAUGACGAUCCUUCUCAUCAAUCAGAAAGCCAAGCAGACCACGAGGUUCUUCAUUAUUAUUCAACAUCCAUUGGCGGGAACUUGAAAAAUGCUCCCUACAUUACACCCCUACCCCGGCAUGUCCCGCAAGGGCCGAUGACUGAUGCACAAGAAGAGAACGUUCUGAUAUUAACUGGAUUACCUGGGAACCUUCCGAAUAGCCAUGAUUGGGAUAUACCUGGGGCCCCUACGGCUCCUCCACCAGACCACGCACCCUCCUAUGCCUAUCGGCAGACAUUGGACUCGUCACCCCUUCAAGGGACUUCGUAUUACCCCUCACAGCAUGACCCAGCUCUUCAAGACGCACCUCCCCCUCCUCCCUCAUAUGAGGAAGCAAUGCGACAGGACCAAUAAAAAA